AUGUCGUCCAGCGAUGACGACGACGCGCGCCAGUUCGAGAACAUGGAGUCGCACGACCUCGACGGCGACUACGAGGGCGGGCAGAUGAUCGACGGCGAGUACUUCUACGCGAACAAGCGACGGCGACGCGCGCGGACGAAGGAGGAGCAAAUCUACGGCGUCUUCGGCGACGACAGCGAGGACGAGCGCGAGGAGCGACGGCGCGCGCCCAGAGGCGGGCCCGCGGAUUACUCGAAGCCCGUGGCGUUCACGUCGAGCGCGACCGCGGCGAACGCGGAGGCGCCGCCGCCGCCGCCGAAGAAGGAGUCCAUGUUCAGCGACGACGACGACGACGACGACGACGCCGGCGCGGCGAACAAUCCGAAUGAUCCUCCGAGCCGCGGCGGCCUCGGCCUCGGCGCGAGCGCGCGCGGAGGGAUCGGCGCCGGUGGCGGCGGCGGCGGCGGCGGCGGCGGCGGGAUCGGCUUCGGCGGGUUCAAGCGCGGCGGCGUCCGCGAGCGCGCGGACGCGAGAGCGCGCGGCGACGCCGCCGGCGGCGGCCGCGGCGGCGUCGACAACAAGAUCGGCGAGUUCGAGAAGUACACGAAAGGCAUCGGCAUGAAGCUCCUAGAGAAGAUGGGGUACAAGAAAGGCGGCGGGCUGGGAAAGGACGGCAGUGGGAUGACCGCGCCGAUGGAGACGCAGAUGCGGCCGAAGACGAUGGGCAUGGGCUUCGGCGAUUUCAAAGAAGCCGGGCAGCUGAACCGAGCCAAGGGAAGCAAAGCCGCGGAGGCGAACGAGGCGCGGAGGAAGCGCGCGGAGAAAGAGACGCGCGAGCGCGCGAUGUGGAAGAAGCGCGACGAUUUGCGUCGCGCGCGCCGCGAGUACCGCACCGCGGAGGAAGUGUUGGCGGAGCAGGAGAAAGCCGACGCCGCCGCCGCCAGAGCGGCCGCGGCCGGCAUGACGAUCAUCGACAUGCGCGGCGGGGGCGGCGCGCGCGUCGUGACGGACUUGACGCGACUGGGCGAGGACGCGCCGCCCGCGGACGGCGGCGGCGGCGGCGACGACGACGACGUCCCGCUGCCCGAGCUGCAGCAUAACCUGCGUCUCAUCGUCGACCUCGCCGAGGCGGAGAUUCAGACGACGGACGCGAAGAUCCGUCACGAGAAAGACACCAGGGAGCUCCUCGCGAGAGAGCGCGCGAGGCUCGCGGACGACGCGGAGAGAAGCGAGGAGGCGUGCGAGCGGCUGCGUCUGGCGCUGACGCUGGCGGAAAAGUGCGAGACGACGGCGCGCGGCGGCGGCGGCGCGCUCGCGCUCGCGCAGCUCGCGACGAUGUACGGCGAGAUGCGCGCGAACUUCCCGGAGACGUUUCGCGCGCCGCACGACAUGGCGGACGCCGCGCUCGCGCACGCGCACCCGCUCGUGACCGAGCUGUUCGAUCGCGAUCGCGGCGGGUGGGACCCUCUGCGCGAGCCGACGCGAGGCGCCGAGGCGCUGCGGCCGUGGCGCGGCGUGCUCGAGGGGUCGCGAGGGGUUUCGAGGGAUGUUGACAUUUUCGAGGCCCCCGACGGCGGCGAUCGGAUGACGACGUUGCUGACGGACGCGGUGAUUCAGCCGCUGCGCGCGGCGAUCGCGACGCGGUGGGACGUCGCGGACCCGGAGCCGUUGCUCCGUUUCUUCGACGCGUGGUCCGCGAUUCUCCCUCCCUCCGCGCUGAACGACCUCCGCGCGAACGUCCUCCUCCCGCGUCUUCAGAGCGCGGUCGAGUCGUGGGACCCGACGAGGGACGCGACGCCGAUACACGCGUGGACGCACCCGUGGCUCCCAACGCUCGGGGACGCCAUGCGACCGCUGUGGGCGCCGAUCCGGCACAAGCUGGGUAACGCGUUGGGCGCGUGGCAUCCGAGCGACGCGUCCGCGUUGACCGCGUUGUCGCCGUGGCGGCGGGUCUUCGACGAGCGGGAUUGGGAGAGCCUGUUCGCGCGGUGCGUCGUCCCGAAGCUCGAGCACGCGCUGAACGCGCUCGUGAUCAACCCCGCGGCGCAGAGCCUGGACGAGAUCCGCUGGGUCCUCGCGUGGGAGCCGGUGACGCCGACGCGGCGGAUGGUCUCGCUGCUCGAGGCUGGGUUUUUCCCCAAGUGGCUGAGAGUGCUGCACGCGUGGCUGUCCUCCGAGAACCCGGACCUGGAGGAGGUGACGCGGUGGUACCUGGGGUGGAAGAGCGUGUUCAGCGAGGAGAUUCUCUCGCACGAGCGCGUGCGGACGCAGCUGAACGUCGCGCUGGACAUGAUGAACCAGGCGGUGACGGGGGAGGGCGUGCGCGCGCCGCCGACGGCGGCGGCGACCGCGGCGGCGGCGCGAGACGCCGCCGCCGCCGCCGCGGCGGCGGCGGCGACGACGAAGGCGGCGACGAAGAAGAAGCCGCUCGGGCCGAGCGACGCGGUCGAGGAGAUGUCCUUGCGCGACGCCGUGGAGGCGUUCGCGAGCGAGCACGACGUGACGUUCGCGCCCAAGCCGGGGAGAAUCGUGGAAGGGUUGCAAGCGUACGCGUUCGGUUCCAUCACGGUGACGAUCGACAGCGCGAAGCAGAUGCUGCUCGCGCAGGUGGAGGGAAGGUGGGCGCCGGUGAGCCUGGACGCGCUCUUAGAGCGGCACAAGGCGAAGGCGAGGAAGGCGUCGAAGACGUUUUAGACUUGAAGUUUUGGAAUAACCUUAGUCGGUCAUAAAGAGAAGAAA